AUGCCGGUCCAACCACUGACGGUCCAAGACGGCGUGGCAAAUGCUAUCAGACGCGUCGGCCAAAAAAGACUCCACAUCUUCACUGCGUGUAAACACACUGUCGAAGAUAACCAUUGCAUGUACCCACCCGAGCAUACGGAGAGAGCAAUUCGACAGAAUCCCCGUACGGAGACGAUUGUCAGAUUCCGUGGACUGUGCAGUACUUGCGAAGAAAGAGCUUUGAUUCCAAAUGCUAUCGUGGAAGAGACGAAGAAGGUGGUCACUAGACACUUGCACGGGAUCAUAGACUCGAGUGCUGGCCCUUUGACUGAAGGUCCUGUGAAAUGGGCAAAGGACAGACUUGUUGUAGAGUUCAAAUACAAAAAGACGAAGCAGAUUGAGACCGAUGCUGAUGAAUGGGAUGUGUGUCCAGUGGUAGUGUGGCCUUCGGUUGAAGAUCCCUCCUCAGACUUAGGGGCACGACAAUGGGAGGACGUGUCAAAAUUGAACUCGUUCGAGCACAAAUGGAAUGAGGUUGUCCCUGGAUCUCGUGUCGCUCGUAAUCGCUCCAGUGAUGCCGACAUCACGCAGGCCUUUCCGCCGUUUCCUGAAUUGUUGCCGCAGGGUGCGAGGGUGCUUGAAGAUCAUUAUCGAUAUGAUGAUCCGGAUUUGUUUGAAAUUCUGCCUUAUGCUACACCGGAGGACUUUAACCAUGGAAUGUAG